CGAUCGUGUAGAAUCGAUCGAGCUAAACGAUCGCAUAGCUUUAUCUAAACGAUUGGGCAUCGACCUAUACGAUAGGUCUCUGACUUCCCCCACUUGUCCAGUCGUGUACACGAUCUGUAUUUCCUUCAUUCGUCUACCUCACACCAAGUCUGAACAGAGCCCACCCUCUGGAUUCUCACACUGAGAAUACUAAGGUCGCCUUAUUGGUGGUGUCAGACUCAACUCGACACCGUCGAGGUUUUUCGGAGGUCGUUCGUGGUGUUGCGGAGGCCGUUCGCUGUUGCGGAGGAGAUCAUGAUCGAGAAGAUCGUUGAGGACGAAUGCGAAAUGUUCGUGCGGUGUUGCGGUCAUGUAGAUCGGGUGCUCGUGGUUACUGUGAUCGAUCAGAGUCGCGCAUCAGAACAUGAAGACGUUUCUGUAUAUGAUUCCGAUUUCCUUCAACAACUCACUCAAGAUUUAGGUUAUGUCACCUAUGGUCAUCCUGGUGAAAUCUGCAUGGGUGAGAGUGACUUAACAUCGUCGCUCAAUAAGUCACCAAAUCCCACCAUCCCGUUCUAUGGCCAGAGAAUAGUCGAGAAGACCCUCGUGGUGGUUCACAGUUGAUUCAUUGAGAAGAUUGGAACAUAAUUGGUG